GCCCACACAAACAAACCGCGUCCAAACCCGGAGCCAGACCCGCGCCAGACCCGAGCCCCAAACCGACCUGCGCCAGGACAGGACACGUCCGAACGGGUCCAGGUCUGGUCCCCCACCCCCGGGUCCCCGAGACAUGUCCGCGUGCUCGUGAUGCGCGUGCGUAAAGAGCCGCGGUGCGUAAACAGCGAGAGCCAAACGGGAUAUGAACCAACGGAACCGGGACCUGUCCGGGAACACAGCUGCGUCCUCUAGGAGACAAGGACACGAGGACACGAGGUCAUGGCCCGGCCCUGGACUUGGACCCAGGUCCUGGUUCUGGUCGUGGUGCAGUCUGUGUGGGCGGGGCAUCGGAACCUGUUGCCCGACGACCACGUGGUUGCCACGGUGAACGCCACGGCCACCGACUCCAAGGGGAACCUCGUCCACAUCAGCAGCUCCGAGGACGCUCUGUUUGGUCUUCACUCGCCCAAGACCGAAACCCGAGGACUCCUGCUGGCGCCGACGCCGCACAACGGAGUUGUGGACCUCCAGGGCUGUGAUCCUCAGACCCGGUUCAGUCCUCCUCGCUCGGUCCAGUGGGUGGCGCUGAUGCAAAGAGGAAACUGCACGUUCAGAGAGAAAAUCCAGAGAGCGGCUUCGUACAAAGCCAGCGCCGUCCUGAUCUACAACAACAGCAGCAACGAGACCGUACGCAUGGGACACGAAGGUACCGGUCCUGUUGUGGCGGUGAUGAUCCCGGAGCUGUUUGGCAGGGAGCUCCUGUCGCUCCUGGAGAGGAACCUGACGGUGCAGGUGCGGGUCCUGGUCGGGGCCCGGUCUCAGAACUCGUCCCGGUCUUCGUUGGUCUUUGUCUCCGUGUCCUUCAUCGUCCUGCUCGGGGUCAGCUCGGCCUGGCUCCUGUUCUACUGUGCACAGAGACUCCGCGGGUCCACCAGGGGGCGCACCCAGAGAGGAUUUGGAGACGCAGCGAAGAAAGCGAUCAGAAAACUGACCACACGAACCGUCCGGAGAGGAGACAAGGAGACAGACCCAGACUUUAAUCACUGUGCCGUGUGCAUCGAGUCCUACCAGCUCAACGACGUGGUCCGAAUCCUGCCCUGCAAACACGUGUUCCACAAAGGCUGUGUGGACCCGUGGCUGAACGAGCACUGCACCUGCCCCAUGUGCAAACUGAACAUCCUGAAGGCGCUCGGCAUCGUGACCAGUAUCCCGUGUGUGGACUCGGUCUCGUUGGACGGAUCCCGGUACAGUCCCGCCUCCCGGAGCCAGAGGACCCCGCUGAGUGACUCCCUGCAGCCGUCAAUCAUCCUGGAACCCAGCCCCGCCCACCCAGAGGCCACGCCCACUGACAUUACCAUCACUGUGACCAGUGGAGUGCAGCUCUUCUCGCCCGUCGCGCCCCCUCGUGGCGUCGCCGAGGUGGAGCUCCCAGAAUCAGACUUUUACGAAGACAAGUCCUGAUCGCGGCCCUGGACUCUGGUCUGGUCCGUGGAGGUCUGCGGCGCCAGGACCCGGUCUGGAACCCCCGGAGCCCGCCGCCGUGGAACGCUUCUUUUGGUUCUUCCACUUGGGGACUCGAUCAGACCUGGACCUGGAUCCGGACCCGGAGCGUAUUUUGUAGGACUUGUGCCGAACAGUAUAAACGCCGGCUGUAUUUAAACCACUGAACGUAUCCUAUAAACAUGUGGCUAAUGUAGUGAGCCGCACCUGCACCGAGACGCCCCGACAAACGCACAACGACACAAACACUACGUCCAUCGUGUGUGCUCCGUUUGUGCUGCAAAAAGUUUUGUUUGUGCUGCUUUUGUUUUGGAGAUAUUAACGAUUAUUUUAUAGGUUAAAUUAGCAUCAGCAGCCUCCAGUAAACUUCGAAAUGCUCUAAAACGACACAAAAUGAGGCAGGGACUCUC